CCAGGGCCGCAACCACAGCCGCAGGGACGGCAGCCGGGAGAGCCACCGCGCAUUAUGCAAAGAGGCAGCAGAUGUGAGCGGGGCCAGCUGGGCGCUCCUCGGCCUCCUCUGGCAACGGCCGACCCAGCUGCCUGAAUUGUCCCGGACACUCCCCUGGCCCUGGCCAGGGCCGAGAUGGCCUGAGUACCCCCCAGGCGCGGCGGCGCAGCAGCGGGGUUGAAACAUGGGGAACCAGGAUGGGAAGCUGAAGAGGAGCGCAGGUGAUGCCUCCCACGAAACCGGCGGCGGCGGAGCGGAGGAUGCCGCGGGGCCCAGGGAUGCGGAAACCACAAAGAAGGCGAGCGGGAGCAAAAAGGCGCUCGGCAAGCACGGCAAGGGGGGAGGGGGUAGCGGGGAAACCAGCAAGAAGAAGAGCAAGUCGGAUUCUAGAGCCUCGGUGUUUUCCAACCUGCGGAUUAGAAAGAACCUGACCAAGGGGAAAGGUGCCGGCGACUCGCGCGAGGAUGUGCUGGACUCUCAGGCCCAGCCGAUUGGGGAGCUGGACAGCGCUCACUCCAUAGUCACUAAGACCCCGGACCUCAGCCUCUCUGCUGAGGAGACUGGCCUAUCGGAUACCGAGUGUGCGGACCCUUUCGAGGUGAUCCAUCCAGGUGGUCCUAGGCCUGCUGAGACUGGGGUAGGGAUCCAGGCGACUGCGGAGGAUUUGGGAACUGCGGCAGGAGCGCAAGAUGGACAAAGGACCAGUUCUGGUUCGGACACGGACAUCUAUAGCUUCCACUCCGCUACUGAGCAGGAAGAUUUGCUCUCAGACAUCCAGCAGGCAAUUCGCCUGCAGCAGCAACAGCAGCAGCAGCAGCAACAGAAGCUGCUGCUCCAGGACUCCGAGGAGCCUGCAGCGCCCCCCACUGCCAUCUCCCCUCAGCCCGGGGCCUUCUUGGGCCUGGACCAGUUCUUGCUGGGACCGAGUAGCGAGGCUACAAAGGACACCGAACAGGCACUACCGGUGAGACCUGACUUGCCUGAGACCACCAAGUCCCCGGUGCCUGAGCAUCCUCCCUCCUCUGGAGGCCACUUGGCCUCUGAGACACCCGGCUACGCGACCGCUAACUCCGCAGUCACAGACUCGCUCUCAUCUCCAGCCUUCACAUUUCCUGAGGCUGGGCCAGGGGAGGGCGCAGCCGGAGCCCCAGUGCCCGAAGCUGGGGACACAGAUGAGGAGUGUGAGGAGGAUGCCUUUGAGGAUGCUCCCCGAGGCUCUCCAGAGGAGGAAUGGGUCCCCGAGGCGGGAGAAGCUCCACAGAGGCUGGAGGAAGAGCCGGAGGGGAGGAUGCGAGGGGCCAGUGUCUCUGCAGUCGCUUCUUUGCCUGGCAGCCCUGCGCCCAGCCCACGAUGUUUCAAACCUUACCCACUCAUCACCCCCUGCUACAUCAAGACCACCACUCGGCAGCUCAGCUCACCCAAUCACUCCCCAUCUCAGUCCCCUAACCAGAGUCCUAGGAUCAAGAAGCGACCGGAGCCUUUCGUGAGCCGGAGCCCCAGAACUGCCUUGGCCUCUGCUGCGGCCCCAGCAAAGAAGCACCGGUUGGAAGGCAGCCUUGCGGGCGGCCUUAGCCGCUCAGCUGACUGGACCGAGGAGCUAGGCGUCAGUACGCCUGGGGCAGGAGGCUCUGUGCACCUGCUGAGUCGCGGAGCUACUGCGGAUGACAGUGGUGACGGGUCCCCUGUGCUGACCGCCCAGGCACCUGGGACUCCAGCGACAACUGAUGGCUUUCAGAAUGUGUUCACAGGGCGGACUCUGUUGGAGAAGCUGUUCCGCCAGCAGGAGAACGGACCUCCUGAAGAAGCAGAAAAAUUUUGCUCACGGAUCAUUGCCAUGGGCCUUCUACUUCCUUUUAGUGACUGCUUCAGGGAACCAUGUAAUCAGAAUGCUGGGUCAAGUUCAGCUCCAUUUGAUCAAGAUCAACUUUACACCUGGGCUGCAGUUAGUCAACCCACGCACUCCAUGGAUUACAGUGAAGGGCAGUUUCCCAGGAGAGAACCAUCCAUGUGGCCACCAUCCAGCCUUCCUGAUGAAGAGCACAGUCCCAAGGAUGUAGACACAGAACCUCAAUCUUCUAUUUUGGAAAGCCCGAAAAAAUGUUCAAAUGGUGUCCAGCAGGAAGUUUUCAAUGUGAAGUCUGAAGGGCAGGCAACUGUAAUUCAGCAACUGGAACAGACCAUUGAGGAUCUGAGGACGAAAAUAGCUGAGCUAGAAAAGCAAUAUCCAGCCCUAGACUUGGAGGGGCCCAGGGGUCUUCCAGGCCUUGAGAAUGGAUUCACAGCCUCUGAAGAAGUUGGUCUGGAUGGUCUCAGAUUGCAUGGAAAGGUUGCACAGCCUCCGAGAACUCUUCAGGCAAAGUCAAUACAAACUUCCCCCACAGAAGAGGGUGGCAUCCUGACAUUGGCAACUCUAAAAGCACUUCCAGAAGGUUCCCCAUGUCCACCUGUAGUUCAAAGUGGAGAGUCAGCUGUUCUACCCUCACCCUCUGGACCUCAGACAAAAUUCUGUUCAGAGAUUUCUUUGAUUGUGUCUCCAAGGAGAAUAUCCGUACAGCUUGAUGCCCAACCAGGCCUGCAGAGUGCACCACAACUCCCACUGCCUCCUGAUGGUCAAGGGCAGCACCCCCACCCUUCUCUGCAUACUGAGUUGGAAACCAGUCAUGAACAUUCUGUUUUCUCCUCUGAAAACAGCUGUAAUAUUCCACCUGCACCACCUCUGCCUUGUACAGAGCCCUCCAGCUUCAUGCCUGGCCUGGGCAUGGCAAUUCCCCCACCUCCCUGUCUCUCUGACAUAACAGUGCCUGCUCUGCCCAGUACAACAGCCCCACAACCUACCAGUCUACAGGGAACAGAAAUGCUGCCAGCCCCUCCCCCACCUCCUCUCCCUGGACUGGGAAUACCCCCUCCCCCUCCUCUCCCUGGAGUGGGAAUACCCCCUCCCCCUCCUCUCCCUGGAGUGGGAAUACCCCCUCCCCCUCCACUUCCUGGAGUGGAAAUACCCCCUCCCCCUCCACUUCCUGGAGUGGGCAUAGCCCCUCCCCCUCCUCUCCCUGGAGUGGGAAUACCUCCUCCCCCUCCACUUCCUGGAGUGGGAAUACCCCCUCCCCCUCCACUUCCUGGAGUAGGAAUACCUCCUCCCCCUCCACUUCCUGGAGUAGGAAUACCUCCUCCCCCUCCACUUCCUGGAGUAGGAAUACCUCCUCCCCCUCCACUUCCUGGAGUGGGCAUACCCCCUCCCCCUCCUCUUCCUGGAGUGGGCAUACCCCCUCCCCCUCCACUUCCUGGAGUGGGCAUACCCCCUCCUCCUCCACUUCCUGGAGUGGGCAUACCCCCUCCCCCUCCUCUUCCUGGAGUGGGCAUACCUCCUCCCCCUCCUCUUCCUGGAGUGGGCAUACCCCCUCCUCCUCCCCUACCUGGAGUUGCUAUUCCUCCACCUCCUCCUCUACCAGGUAUGGGGGUUCCCCCAGCCCCACCUCCCCCUGGGGCAGGCAUCCCUCAACCCCCUCUUUUGCCUGGCUCAGGGCCUUCACUCUCUUCCCAAGUUGGGAGUAGCACUUUACCAGCACCGCAAGUGUGUGGAUUUCUUUUUCCUCCAUUGCCAACUGGCAUAUUUGGAUUGGGGAUGAAUCAGGACAGAGGGGCUAGGAAACAGCCAAUUGAGCCUUGCCGGCCAAUGAAGCCUCUUUAUUGGACAAGAAUUCAACUCCAUAGUAAAAGAGAUUCAAGUCCUUCACUUAUUUGGGAAAAGAUCGAAGAGCCAUCCAUAGAUUGUCAUGAAUUUGAAGAAUUAUUUUCUAAAACUGCAGUAAAGGAAAGAAAGAAACCCAUUUCUGAUACAAUCUCAAAGACAAAGGCUAAACAAGUUGUCAAGUUGCUUAGCAACAAACGAUCACAAGCAGUAGGAAUUCUAAUGUCUAGUCUUCAUUUAGAUAUGAAAGACAUACAACAUGCUGUUGUGAACUUGGACAAUUCUGUGGUUGACCUGGAGACCCUUCAAGCUCUCUAUGAGAAUAGAGCACAGUCAGAUGAAUUGGAAAAAAUUGAAAAGCACAGUCGAUCUUCCAAAGACAAGGAAAAUGCCAAGUCUCUUGACAAACCUGAACAGUUCCUCUAUGAGCUGUCACUAAUCCCCAACUUCUCAGAGAGAGUCUUUUGCAUCCUCUUCCAGUCAACGUUUUCAGAGAGCAUUUGUUCAAUCCGUCGCAAACUUGAAUUGCUGCAGAAGUUGUGUGAGACAUUAAAAAAUGGACCAGGGGUCAUGCAAGUCCUGGGUUUGGUUCUAGCCUUUGGGAACUACAUGAAUGCUGGAAACAAAACUCGAGGACAGGCAGAUGGCUUUGGAUUAGACAUUCUGCCCAAGCUAAAGGAUGUCAAAAGCAGUGACAACAGCAGAAGCCUUUUGUCAUAUAUUGUUUCAUAUUAUCUUCGAAAUUUUGAUGAGGAUGCUGGCAAGGAACAGUGUGUCUUCCCCUUGGCAGAACCCCAGGAGCUGUUCCAGGCCUCACAGAUGAAAUUUGAAGACUUCCAGAAAGAUCUCAGAAAACUAAAGAAAGACUUGAAAGCCUGUGAGGUGGAAGCGGGUAAAGUGUACCAGGUCUCCUCUGAAGAACACAUGCAGCCCUUCAAGGAAAACAUGGAGCAGUUCAUUAGUCAAGCCAAAAUUGACCAAGAGUCACAAGAGGCUGCCCUGACAGAGACUCAUAAAUGCUUUUUGGAGACCACAGCCUACUACUUCAUGAAACCAAAACUUGGAGAGAAGGAGGUGUCCCCAAAUGUUUUCUUCAGUGUCUGGCAUGAAUUUAGUUCUGACUUUAAAGACUCUUGGAAAAAGGAGAACAAACUGAUUCUGCAAGAGAGAGUCAAAGAAGCUGAGGAAGUGUGUAGGCAGAAGAAAGGAAAAUCACUCUAUAAAGUAAAACCAAGACAUGACUCUGGGAUUAAAGCAAAGAUAAGCAUGAAAACCUGAGCUGUGACUAACAGAACAAAACAAGUCAUCAAAACAUCUUCCAUUAGCAUCUGCCUGACCUGAGGAGGGAAGAAAGCUACACCAACAUUCUGAUCAUUUUUCCUCUGAACCUCUCGCAUAAUCUUCCAGGUUUUCUAGGAAGUUGGUUGAUUGUUGAAUUUUCCUGUAUGUUAUUUUAAAUUUGAAAAAGCAGUAGAUCUGUGGCAAAUUGGUACCCUUUACUUUUUGUAAAUGUCCUGGUGUUAUC